CUCUGCUUAUUUACAUAAAGGAAAAUUCCCUCUCUUUUCUCUGUUUGUUUUCCUUAGCCACUUCUCCCCUGAGUCACGCAAGUGUUCCUGGGAAAAAGAGGUCAUCUCAUUCCUUUUGUUUCUAUUUCACCGUCACAUUCUAUAAUAUUAGGUAUAUGCAUUCAAUAUUUUCAAAGUCUAUUUGAUCAGUCUCCCUUUUUGCGGUUUCAACCAUUCAAAGCUCUGGUUUCUUGAUUCUCCGGCGAGUCUAUUACUGAAUUGUUUUCUUUAUUCAGGUGCAGUAUUGUAGAAGAUGGUUUCAGGCGACGCCUCUCUUCCAAAUAGGAGGACUAGACAACAAUUUUUAAAUUAUUGUGUGGAGUUUAUUGAGAAGCGGAAGAGAUUGACUCAAAAUGGUAAUCCUGCUCAGUCUUCUAGUUCUUGUUCUGUGAAUAUUGGAGACGAUGUGAGUUGUGGGAUGAAAAGAAUAAAGGUGGAAGAAACCACAGCUUGUGGUGGAUCGGGUGACAAGAGAGAAAUGGGAACUAUAGUGAGAAGUCUGGAAAAAGGAAAAAAGAAGCUGGACAAUGGGAAGAGGAAGUUCAGUCCAGGAACUUGUGAGUUCAUUACGAAACGUCCUUUCAUUGAGGAAAUAUCUGAUUCUGAUGACGACACUGAUGAUGAUUCAAAGGAGGAGGAGAGUGAUUCUGAUGUUGAUAUCCUUGGUGACGGUGCUGCAGACUCUAUUGCAAAUAUUGGAUCAGGUUCAGGAUCUUGGUCCAAUGCGGGCUCUGUUGGGUUAACGAGUCCUAUGUUGAAUGCAGCAGACGAGGUUAUUUCAUCUACCUCAAGCAUGUGUAAGACAACAGGGAAGACAACAGGGCCUAGUGAGCAGCGGGAAUCAGAGGAGUUGAUGGAUCUUGAGAAAUCAGAGGACUUUGUUGAUUCUUUAAAAUCUCAACAAGAGUUCACUGAUACAACAGAUUCUUCUGAGUCGGAAUCUGAAGCAACAAGUGAUGAGGACGCUGAUGACCCCAAAGAUAAGGAUUACCGAGUGAAUGAAAGAUCAAGUUCUAGUCAAUCUGAUGAUAUAAAAAGUGAUUUUGAUGAUGACUAUGAUGGAAGAAAGGAGUCAGAAGAUGAUGAUGAUCUGAGUUCUCCUAUAGAGAAUCAAAACAAUGAAGGAAAAGGAUUUGAUGAUUUCAGAAAUGAUUCUGAUGAUGACUAUGAUGGAAGAAAGGAAUCAUCUUUGAAUUGUUUUGCAGAACAGAACACUGAAAAAGGAAAAGGAUCUGAUUAUGUCACAAGUGGUUUUGAUAAUAACUCUGAUGGAAGCAUGGAAUCAGAAGAUGAUGAUCUGAGCUGCCGUAUAAAGCAAAAAAAUAAUGAAAAAGAAAAAAAGGAUUCGAAUAGGGGGCUAAUACCUCAGCUUUCUGUUGAGGAUGAAAAGCACAGAGGACGAGCAUAUCUUAUUCGGCCAAGUUCACUUUCUAUGUUCGUAAAGAAGAAAUUAAGUCAUGGGAGUUGUAGUCGCCCGGUUCUUCUUAGUGAUGACGAGGAAUGUAAAUCCUCGUCUGAAAAAGACAGUGAGGCUGACGAUCCAGUGCAAAAGGAUGUUGUUAAACAGGAUAGAAAGACUCGGAAGAAGGUUCUUAAAGAAUCUGAAUUUCUGAGGUUUGUUGUUGAUUCCAUAAUAAAUGGUGAUGAUCAGGAUAAACUUACUUCCCCUGAAAAGAAGGGACAGGUACCUGUCAAAGAAACGCUUCCUUUGAUAUUCCGGUUUGAAGACGAGGAACCUCUCCUCCCCGAGAAAGAAGAAUGGCAAAAAGAAAUUGAAAAUCUUUUUGCUGAAAAGGACAUGUGUACCUUAGAAUCAGGUAUUGGCUUCACAAAUCCAUCUGUAUUGCCAGUGCAAGGAUCAAAAGUUAAUGACUGUCAGAUGGGGAACCACAAUCUUGCUCUAGAUGAACAAAUUGGACUCAUAUGUAAAGUUUGUUCACAUGUGCAUUUGGAGAGCAAGUACAUCUUCCCUCCUUUUGCUGAGAGAACCCGAGGAAGGUAUGGAAGAAAGUAUUUUGGAGAGUCAUCAUUGCUCUUGGAUGUUGACGGCUUUAGAUAUUAUGAUUCUUCCACAGUCCAUGAUUCUGCUAUUUACGUGGAAGGAACUGUGUGGGAUUUAGUUCCCAUGAAUGCCAAAGCAACUAUGUAUCUCCACCAGCGCGAAGGAUUUGAGUUUAUGUGGAAAAAUAUUGCUGGAGAUAUAAUCCUUGAAAAGUUGAAAGAGCCUCUAUCUGGUAAUAGGGGAGGAUGCAUAAUCUCACAUCCACCCGGCACUGGAAAAACCCGCCUGACCAUAGUAUUUCUUCAGGCAUUUCUGAAGCAGUUUCCAAAGUGUCGGCCUGUAAUCAUAGCUCCGUCCAAUUUGCUUCUUAACUGGGAAGCCGAGUUCCAGAAAUGGGAGGUGGACAUUCCCUUCCACAACUUGAACAGCAAAGAUUUCUCUUUUCAGGAAGAUGAAGCUACUGUUAGUGUCUUCCACUGUUUAUCCCGUGCUGGGAAAAAAGAUCCACACCUUAUACGUAUGGUGAAGCUGAGAUCCUGGGCUAAAAGUAAGAGUGUUUUGGGAAUCAGCUAUGACUUGUUCAGGAUUCUCACAGGAGAAGAUGGAGAUGGUUACUCUAAAGAGAUUCGAGAAAUACUUCUUAAAUUACCUGGUCUUGUGGUUCUUGAAGAAGGACACACUGCUCGUAAUGAGCAAAGCCUUGUAUGGAAGGCUUUGAAUAAGGUUGAAACAGAGAUGCGCAUACUUUUAUCAGGAACGCCCUUCCAGAAUAACAUCAAAGAGUUGUACAACACUCUCUGCGUGGUUAGUCCACGGUUUGCUGCAGAUUUGGAGCAGAAAUGGGCUUCUCUUAGAAGUUCCAUUGACAAGGAUGUCCGAGCACUGGAAGAGCUUAGGGAUAUCAUUUCACCACUAGUCCAUAGAUGUAGUGAAAAUGUUAAGAAGGAAAGCCUUCCUGGUAUAAGGGACACCGUGAUACACUUGAGGCCCACAGAUUUGCAGGAGGAGUUGCUAAAGAGAAUUCCAGAGAACCCAGGCUCCUUUUAUGAACAAAAUCUUGUGUCUCUGAUCUCUGUUCAUCCUUCAUUAGUGGCAAAAAGGAAUAAGUUCUCUGACUUAGAAAGCCAGCUAAAAGAAAGAGGAUGUCGAUUGAAUCCAAAUACUGGAGUAAAAAUGAAAUUUGUUGUGGAGCUAAUCAGACUUUGUGAUGGCUUGAAGGAAAGGGUUAUAAUAUUCAGCCAGUUACUUGAUCCUCUAAACCUGAUCAAGGAGCAACUCAAUUCUCUCUUUAACUGGACUUUAGGCCGAGAGAUUCUUUAUAUGGAUGGGAAACUUGGUGUAAAGCAGCGGCAGAUAUCAAUAAAUUCCCUUAAUGACCCUAAGAGUGAUGUCAAAGUGCUUCUUGCAUCGAUAAAAGCCUGUUCAGAAGGAAUAAGUCUUGUAGGGGCUUCAAGAGUAGUUUUGCUUGAUAUUCUCUGGAAUCCCUCAGUAGAGCAGCAAGCGAUCAGCCGAGCUUACCGGAAUGGUCAGACCAAAGUUGUGCAUGUUUACUGUCCAGUGACAUCAAAAUGGGAGGUUGAUAAGAUCGAACAACAGAUGAGAAAAAAAUAUCAUUCUGAUAUACUUUUGUCUAGGAAUGAAGUAAAUACUUGCAAGACGAAUCCUUCAUGCUCUGUGUCAGAUGAUAACAUACUAGAAGCCAUGGUUCAACAUGGGAGCCUCCGUCAUAUGUUUGAAAAACUAUCUCAUGCACCACGUGUGGUGCCUAUGACAUGCUUUAAUUCUUGUAACCAACCUUAAAAAGAGGCAGUUAGUUUUGCGAAUUUCAGGAAGCUUCCCUGCACGAUGAAGAUCAAUUGGAACUUUUCUUGGGUUGCGAAUUAUGACACCUACUAGGACAUAAUUUUUGAAGCCAUCCUUCAGUGAGGCGCUUUAUGACAAUUGACAGGCACUUUGAUGCAGUUCUAUGGUUUUGGUAAAAAGAAAAAGAAUGAAACAAUGAUGCAGAUUCACACCUGGUUAAGCUGAGUCUCAAGUUGUCGUCAUCACCCAGAGGAUGUUCUUGUAACUGUAAAAACAUUGUUUUGCCAGUCAGUUUUUCUUGUUUCGGAGCUGUGAAAUCUCUUUUGCUUCUUUAUCUUGUGAAGCAUAUUCUUAAAAGACAAUUGUAUUUGGCUCAAGCCAGCUCUUGGUAUAUAUGUUUCAAGUUGAA